AUGUUUCUUCGCACGGACGUGAACGCGCUGGCGCCGGAAGAGCUGGCCACAGAUUACGGUCAUCACCAGGCUUACCGUUCCGUUGAGGAGGACGACGAAGCAUGGAGUGAUAUAAUGGCCCUGGUGCAGCGUGGUUGGCUCCGGCAGUGCGGCUCGCUUGGCGAGGUGGCGGCAUUUCUGGAUGGCGAGGCGCCCGUUCUCAGCAAGUUCGGGAUAGUUACCAAAACCCGGAACGGUCGCAUCAAGCGACGCCUCAUCUUGGACAGCCAGGUGUCCGGCGUCUCGGCCGCCGCGUCCAAACUGGAACGCGUGCUGUUGCCUAAGCUCCUGGACGUGGCGGUCGACGUGCUCGACGUGAUAGCGGCUAACACUGCGCAGGCGGCGCAGAGCCGCGACGCGGGGGCGGAGUUCUUCGCCCUCGACUUCCAAGACGCAUCUUAG